CGCCUCUUCCUCCUCCUCCUCCUCCUCCUCCCUCCGUUCAUACCUCUUCUUCGUCCCCCGAUAUCACUACUCUCUCUCGCGCCUGCUCGAGGUCCUCACCAUGGACGACGCCGUUCCUACCUCCACACUGGGGGAGGGACUCGCGACCGGCGCCCCGCAAAAUGCCCUCCUCGACUUCUUCUUCCCCGGCUUCUCCAUGGUCUCCAGCGCCGUCAGCAAGUACCUGCACAUCGACCUGAACCUGUACAUCCCGCUGGUCCUGCUUUUCGGCGGCCUGACCUUCGCGUGGCGCUACUUCAGCGAGUACUUCUCGGGCCUGGUCGAGAGCCAUCUCAUGUCGGCCGUCGACAUCCGGCCCGACGACGAAAUCUACAACAUGCUCAUGGCCUGGGUGGCCAACCAACGCUUCGCGCAGAGCGCCCGCCGCUUCGUGGUCAACACCAACCUGAACUCGCGGUCGUGGUUCCUCUGGCGGUGGAACGACGACGACGCCGACUCCGAGGAGGACGACGGCCCAUCGGUCGGCCGCAAGAAGAAGAAGAGGGUCCUCGCUUAUACGCCGACCUUUGGCAGCCACUGGUUCCUGUACAAGGGCCGCCUCCUCAUCUUCCGGCGGCUGCAGAACCAGCAGCAUUCGCCCUACCUGACCUUGUCGGAGCGCGAGGAGAUCUCCAUCUCGUGCUUCGGGCGCGAUCCCUGGGUGCUCAAGGAGCUGCUCCAUGAGGCGCGGGACUACUACGUGAAGCGCGACGAGGCCAAGACGCUCAUCUACCAGGGCACGACCCGCUCGGGGAGCUGCGAGCCCCAGUGGCAGCGGUGCAUGGUCCGGACGCCGCGGCCCUUGUCGACCGUCAUCCUGAACGAGCAGGUCAAGAAGGAGCUGAUCGACGACGUGACCGACUACCUCAACCCGGCGACCCGCCGGUGGUACGCCAACCGCGGCAUCCCCUACCGGCGCGGGUACCUGCUCUACGGCCCGCCCGGCACCGGCAAGUCCUCACUCUCUCUCGCGCUGGCCGGCUUCUUCAAGAUGCGCAUCUACAUCGUCAGCCUGAACUCGGUCACCGCCAACGAGGAGAACCUGGCCACGCUCUUUGCCGAGUUGCCGCGUCGGUGUGUGGUCCUUCUCGAGGAUAUUGACACUGCUGGCCUCACCCACACUCGCGAUGGUGAGAACCAAGCCGAUAAUGCCGUCAACAAUGACGAGGAGGCUCCCACACGUAACCGGCGCCAGCCAGGAACCAACAACAACAAUAACAACAACAACCCCAACAAUACGACUGGACGCCUCAGCCUUUCCGGACUGUUGAACAUCCUGGACGGUGUUGCCUCGACUGAAGGCCGCGUGCUGAUCAUGACGACCAACCACCUUGAAAAACUCGACAAGGCCCUGAUCCGCCCCGGACGCGUGGACAUGAUGGUCAAGUUCGGCCGGGCCGACGCCGGGAUGACGGCCGCCAUCUUCCGCGCGAUCUACGCCCCGCUGGAAGGCGACGACGGAAUCACCGCCGGCGCCGGGUCGGCCUCCUCACCUUCGGCUUCCACCUCGCGGGCGCUCUUCCAGCUCGAGAGGAGCCUCAAGCCGGCGGCGCUGCGGAGCGCCGAGGAGGAGGGGAAGCGCGAGGCCGAGGCGGCGGAGGCGGCGCGCCGGAAGGAGGAGACCAUUGCCAGGGUGAACGCGCUGGCGGAGCAGUUCGCGGCCAAAAUACCCGCGCACGAGUUCUCGCCGGCCGAGAUUCAAGGGUUCCUGCUCAAGAACAAGCGGGACCCGGAAAAGGCGGUCGAGGGGGCUGAGCAGUGGGUGGUGGACACGCGGAAGGAGAAGAAGGAGAAGGAGUUGAAGGAGGCGCAGGAGAAGAGGGAGAAGGAGGAGAAGGAGAAGGAGAAGGAAGAGGAGGAGAAGAGGAAGAAGAAGGAGAAGAAGGACAAGAAGAAGGGGAAGAAGGAGUCGUCGAAGCGGAAGGCGAAGAAGAGCUCGUCCUCGAGGUCAAAGAAGAAGACCAGCAGCGACAGCGAGGUCGGGUCCGGUUCGUCGUCGUCGUCUGACGAGGCCGAGAACGAGUCCGAGUCUGAGCGCGAGAAGGAGAAGGAAACCGCCAAGAAGACAGCGAUGACGACAACCACAACGAGCAAGCCCGCGGCUUCUGCCCCUGCUGCUGCCGAUGCUGAUGCCGAUGCCGACACCCCUGCUCAGCUGAAGGAGACGGGAUCAUCCGAGGUCGAGGCCAAGGCCAAGGUCGAGCCUGCCGUCACCACCCCUGCUGUCACCGUCACGAUCGACAUGGACAAGGCCAAGGAGGCUGCCGUUGAGGCGCAGCGGACGCCGCAGAGUGUCGAUUCCGGGUACGGCACGCCGUGAAGGGAGGGCGCCAACCGGGGGGAUGGUUUCGACUAGCGUUCGGCUGCCCCUGGAUAUCGGAUCAUGGUUUCGUACGUUAGCGGAUAACGAUUGGGUUGAGGCUGUGUUAACGUUUGUUCAUCCUACUUGCGGGAUAAUGUUGCAUCGGGCGGCGUUUAGGACCGGAUGG